AUGUUUCCGAUAAACGAACCAGACAAAGUUCGUGAAUCCAACUGUCUUAAAUCGGCCUGCUCGCCAAAAAGUCUACAAGUUUUCGUUGCAACCACAUGGGGAUUUCUGACCAACGUGGAGCGUGCAAUCAUUAUGCCUAGUCUUUGGCUCUACCUAAAAACCGAAUGGGAUGAGGCUGCUGCCAAAAAAUUCUACGCUGCCACUGUCGCAGUAUUCUGCCUUGCCAUCCUAGUUUUCACUCCACUUGUCGGUUACGCUACCUACAAGGGAGUUCGUACGCAGAUAAUCCUGAUUGUUUCAAACCAACUGGAAAUUCUGGGAAAUAUUAUGUAUUUGGUUGGGCGCAGUCCAUGGGCUUUGCUAUUCGGUAGAUUAAUCUCUGGUCUUGGAGCUUGUUGUGACUCGCCGCUUUAUUCUGAUAUGGUCAAGUUGACCAACGAAAGGGAAAGAACUUUCUACGUAAUGAUCAACGUUUACAACGUCCCCGGAUUGUUGAUGGCUUCGCUGUGGGGAGUUCACUGUAUUCUAACACUUCUUGCUUAUCCAGAUAUGGAACGCACAAUCAAUCCGACGCAAACAGCUGACCCUCAGCCAACACUUGCCAGACGACUACAGCGGAUAUUCUACGUUCCACGUGAGCCAAGAAUGAGGAAAGCGGUGACUGAUCAACUCCCCCCGUCCAAGCAACCACCAGGCACAUGGGAACCUGAGCACAACGCAAACUGUUCUCCCUGCUGUGCCAGAGAUCCCCAGUGUCUGCCUUACUUACCUUACUUCAACCUGAGCCUCAUUGCACUUUUUGGAAUCACAUUCUUCAUCUACUAUUGUGUCAUGGGCUUGGAGGCUGUUCUACCUCCAGUGACUGAACAGUUAUAUCAGUGGACUGAGAUCGAAGUGAGUAUUGUCUAUCUAAUCGCAGGCGGUGCUGUCAUUGUCACAUUUCUCAUCUAUCAGUGUAUCACCCAAUGCAUACGGGAUCGCAAAGUUCUCGCUGUCGGUCUGUCUUUGUUGUUUUUCGCCUACCUGGCUUUGUCUUGCCACUUGGCACACAAACCCACCCCGGACAAGUCGAUUGGGAUACCAUUUAUUCUGUUUGCAGUGGCUCUUCACGUGAUUGGUGUGCCGUUGGCGGCUGCCAGUUCCGAAUCGCUGUACACCAAACUCGUCCCCAGAGCAGAUGUGGAACGAGGUCAGACCAUAUUCCGAACUGUGCAGAAUUUGGGAUUUUCCGCCGGUCCUUUCAUUUGUGCGUCGCUUGUUGAUACUCCAUACAUUGCGUUUCUUAUCAUGAUGGUGUUGGUCUAUGUGCCUUUCGUCAUCUUUUGGAUCGAUUAUCACACAUUUCGAAUGACAGAGGACGAAUCGAUGAAAAUCCAAGAUAUCUAA